AUGUUGUGUGAAAUUUGUGGUAGUGAAUUAAAAACAAUUAGAAAUUUGAGGAGGCAUUUAGAUAUUCAUAAAAAUAAAACAUUGAAUGGUGAUGAUGACGGUUCUUCUUACCCUGAAACAGAUAUAAAAUCGUUUAUGAAAAAAAUGAAGUUAAUAAAUUUGGAACAUGACAUAGAAAACUUUUUGAUUGAGUGCAAUGAUAGAAUUCGGAAAUUGAUGGAUGAAUUUCAAGAACGAGAAUGUGGUUGGGCUUUAUCAGAUAUUUUACAUGUGGAAAUUAAUAUAAAUAAAUAUGAACCAAUUUCAGGUUCAACAUUUUUAAAGGUUUCUCAUUCUUCUAAUAGAACUAGUUCUUAUAAAAUUAUGUGCAACAUUAACCAAGAAGUUAUUUUAUUAAACGAGAAGAUUAGUUUAAACUUUACCGGACUAGAGUUUCCUAUGAAAGUUGAUGAUAUUUGUGUGUUCGAAAAUUUGAACCCAAAUAUUAGUAUAAACGUUUUUGGGUUAGAUGAAAAGUUCAAUGUUAUUGGGCCAUAUUAUCAUACAAAAUUAAUUAAAACUAAUCACAUUAAUUUAUUGUUGAUUGAAAAAGAAGAACGUUUUCAUUAUGUGUGGAUAAAGAAUAUCUCUAAAUUAUUAGUUAACAAAAUUACCAAACAUAAAGGAAGAAUAUAUAUGUGUUCAGGAUGUUUAUUACAUUUUAACUCACAAUCCAUUUUGGAAAAACAUAAACAUGAAUGUAAUAAAAUUGUAACAAGGCUUCCUACAAAAGAGAGUGAAAUUUUAAAAUUCAAAAAUUAUUAUCAGCAACUUGAUGUUCCAUUUGUUAUAUAUGCUGAUUCAGAAUGUAUUUUGGAAAAAAUUCAAGGUUGUCAACAAAAUCUUGCUAUAUCAUCAACAACAGAUAUAGAAUUGCAUACACCAAUUGCCUUUUCAUAUUUCAUUAAAUGUUCUUUCGAUUCAAGCUUGGAUAAAUACAGAAAUUUUAAAGGUGAAAAUUGUGCAGAUGAUUUUUUGAAAAACUUAAUAGGAGAUUGCAGUGAUUUAUUUGAAAACUAUAUUUUGAAAAAGAAGCCCAUGAUACCGCUUACAAAGGAACAAAUAACUCAAAAUUUAAAUACAAAAGUUUGCCAUAUAUGUGAGGAGGAAAUUGAAUUGGAAGAUGAUGAAGUAUAUGAUCAUUGCCACUUAACUGGGAAAUUUAGAGGAAUUUCUCAUAAUAAAUGUAAUCUUAGCUAUAAUUUAAAUUGUGUUCAUGGAUCAAUUAAUGUAAUUCCUUUAAACAAGGAAAAAUAUAUUUCUCUAAGCAAAUGUAUUAAAUCGGAUUAUAGUGGUAAAUAUUUCACAUUACGAUUUUUAGAUUCUUUUAGAUUUUUGGGUUCAAGUCUUGUUAGUUUAGGUAGAAAUUUAGAAGAUAAUCAAUUAAUUAAUGUUAGAAAUCAUUAUCCUGAUAAUAUAAAAUUUAAUUUAAUGAAAAAUAAGGGGAUAUUUCCAUAUAAUUAUAUGGAUUCCUUAAGCAAGCUAAAUGAACAAAUGUUCAUUUCGCUUGCCACCUCAAGAAGCUUUCAAAAAUCAAAUUUUAAAUUCAGAAUUUUCAGAUCUAGAAUACCUUCACGUGAAAAAAAUCCCGCACACUUUUCUCUUAGUUUAGCUUGGCAAGCGAUAUUAAAAUAUACAAAAAUAGAGUUAGAAUUAUUAACAGACAUAGAAAUGUUAAAGUUUUUCCAAAAAGGAAUACGAGGAGAAAUUGAUAGUCAAUAUUUAUUUUAUUGUGAUGCAAACAAUUUAUAUGGUUGGGCAAUGUCAAGUUAUCUUCCCGUAAGUUCAUUCAAAUGGGUUAAUAAUUUCUCUAAUAUUGAUGUUCUCAGUAUAGCAGAAAUUGGAUAUGUGCUCGAAGUUGAUUUGAAAUAUCCACCUGAAUUGCACGAUAAGCAUAAAGAUCUACCAUUUUGCGCUGAAAAUAAAGUUCCACCAAUAGGCAAAUUAAAUAAGCUAAUAACAGAUUUAAAUGAUAAAAAAAAUACAUAA